AUGUUCGUGGCCAACCCAGGGGUAACAUGGGAGGACGGCCCGAUGCUCGACGGCAAGCGGAAGGAAGGGACAACGGUCGACGGCCAGGAGCUCGGGGCCGGCUACCGGGGCGGCAGCUUCAUUGCGACGGCGAGCAUGAGCGGCCACGUUGCCAAAAUUCCGCAGCUCCGGCGCCGUAUCUAUCGUGCAGAUGACGGUGCCGUCCUCUCUUCGCAUCCGCGUUGA